AUGGUGCAUUGUAUAGUCGUUGGUUGCGGUUCUAAAAACGGAAAACAUAAAGGAAAAUUUCAUUGUAUACCGAAGAUUAUUUCAAAUCAAGGAGAAGAACACGAAGAGCUAACCAGAGAGCGAAGAACUCGUUGGAUUUCUGCAGUUAGUCGAGGCGAUACCAAGGAAAAGAGAGUGCUCGAGAGCGAACGCGUUUGCAGUCUACACUUUGUUUCAGGCAAAGCCGCUGCUGUUUGGGACAAAUACAAUGUUGACUGGGUGCCAACUGUAAACCUAGGCAAGCCGAAAGAUUUACAGAGAAGCAAGGAGAAAGAUCUACAAAGAGAAGCAGUGGAAUGUAGGGCCGAACGAGCAAAAGAUCGAAGGAAACGUUCUUUGGAGCGCCAAGAAAUGGAAGCGGCUAAGAAAAGAAAGGAGCUAGAUAAAAGCGGAUCAAUUGUUCAGAAAAUUGAUUUUUGUAUUGACGAUUCAUCUACUGGUAAGUUACUUUGCUCUGAGCCUUCUUGCAGUAAAGAUUUUUAUGAUGGCGAAUGUGAGACGGUCGGGGAGACAACCUUACAUAUGGUCGAAAACUCAACGUCCACAGAGGACUUUGAAAUAGUUUGCGAAGGCUCAUCAAAUACCGACACACAGAUUAAUGAAUUCAACUACAUGUUUACAAGCUCUGUUUAUCGAGCUCCAGACGAAGGAUUUUUUGAUUCUUCGGAUAAAAUCCGUUUUUAUACUGGAUUACCCUCCUAUGAAGUACUUAUGGUAGUGUUUGAACAUGUAGCUCCCCACGUUGCACGAAAACAUGGCUCUACAAUCUUAAGUAGCUUCCAAGAAUUUGUUAUGGUUUUAAUGAAGCUUCGUUUGGAUAUGCCAUUCCAAGAUUUAGCAUACCGCUUUGUUGUGUCCCUUUCAAGUGUUUCAAGGAUAUUUACUUCCUGGAUAGUUGCCAUGGACUCCAGACUUUCUUGUUUUAUUUAUUGGCCUAAUAGAGACCAGUUAUGGAAAACCAUGCCAACGUGUUUUCAGUACACAUUCGGACAAAAAGUGACUGUGAUAAUAGACUGCUUUGAAGUUUUUAUUGAAAAGCCAUCGAAUCUACUGGCUCGAGCUCAAACAUUCAGCUCAUACAAGCACCACAAUACCAUCAAGGUACUCAUAGGUAUAACACCCCAAGGAACAAUAUCAUUUGUUUCUCAAGCUUGGGGUGGACGAACAUCAGAUAAGUUCAUUGCAGAGAACUGUGGUAUUUUAGACAAGCUAGUUCCUGGAGACACAGUAAUAGCAGAUAGAGGUUUCACGAUUUCUGAAAGCGUGGGAUUAAAAAGUGGGAAGCUUGUCAUUCCUGCUUUUACAAAAGGAAAGGCCCAACUAGAUCCAGUUGAUGUAGAAAGAUCAAGAGGAAUAGCUAGUGUCAGGAUUCACGUUGAGAGAGUGAUAGGGUUGCUGCGACGAAAGUAUACCAUAUUGGAAGAUAAGACUGCUGAUAAUGACUCUCAUACGUACCAUAAUGGCACCAAGUUUGGCACUGCUAAUACACGGGAUAACGCAGCAUUAGUAAGUGCAGGAGGCUGGUGGUACAAUGAAACGAAAUGCUCUGGCCGUUCAAACCUUAACGGUGCUUAUCGGAGACCUGGAAACAGCAAACUUCAUUGGGGACGUCUAGAUUCUAGUGAUGCUGUUUAUGGCAGCACUCCCUCAACAUCUGAGAUGAAAAUAAGACCAGUAAAUUUUUCUGAAAGCUAUCUUACCAAUUAG